AUGGAAGCACGGGUUACUGAGGAGCAGGUUGAAAAAGAAGCUCCGGAGGAAGUACAAGCCAAGAAGAAACACGCCCCUGAUAGGCACCCUAACAACCCUUUUCCAUUUGAUGUUGAGCAAUACAAGGUUUUGGAGAAAAUGCCUCUCUAUGUUAAAUUCAUGAAGGAGUUGCUAUCCAAGAAGAGAACUUUAAAGGGAGAUGAGAUAAUGGACCUAACCAAGGAAUGUAGUGCCAUAAUUCAGAGUAAUUUGUCAAGGAAGAUGCCAGAUACAGGGAGCUUUCAAAUUCCAUGCACCAUUAGGAGCAUAACCUUUGAGAAAGCCUUGUGUGAUCUAGGAGCAAGUAUCAAUUUAAUGUCCUUGUUUGUGAUGGAGAAGUUACAAAUCAAAGAGGAGCAACCAACAAGGAUAGCAUUACAAAUGGCGGACAAAUCUCUAAAAUAUGCACAUGGAAUAGUGGAGAAUCUAUUGGUCAAAGUAGGAAAGUUCUUCCUUCCAUCCGACUUUAUCAUUCUUGAUAUGGGAGAGGAUGACAAUACUUCCAUAAUUCUAGGAAGACCAUUUCUAGCAAAUGGGAGGCUCUAA